CUUAAUUAGAAUUUCGCAUUCCUGUCCUCAAUUGUUUAGCAAUAUUUUUUUAGUUGUGUAAGACUGAUAAUAGUUAUGUUUGUAAAUAGUAAUACUGUUUGAUUCAAUGCCUGUUCCAUAUCGUGAUCUGUCGCUCCAACUACAAUCGUCAAGUUGCCAAAUAGAUUUUAAACUUGCAAUUAUAAAAAACAAACAAACAUGUAGAUGUUUGCCUGGGGGUGGCUACGAGUUGGUCCCCUUCUGUGAUGUUUUUUUUUAGUUUCUCGCUGGCCACUGCCUGGAAGUUUCCAAGACUUGACGAUACUUCAGCAACGGAUCACAAUACGGAAAUCUCCCCUUACAUAAAUAAAUCUUAAACUUGCAAAUUUAAAAAAAUGUAGAUGUUUGCUCUAAUGGUUUCAAGCUAUACCUUUCCAGUUGGCCCUUUUCUGUGAUGUCUGUUUUAGUUUCUUGCGGGCCGCAGUCUGCAAGUUGUCAAGACUUGGCUAUUAUUCUGCCACAGAUCACGUUAUGGAAAUCCUCCCAGAAUGUAAUCUAGUUGGCGCUGAAACAAUAAAAAACUUUCUCUAUUAAAAAAAAGCAACUUUUUUAUUAUAAAAAGCAAUUUUUUAAAUCUGCGUGUUCUGGGUUAUUUCUAAUAAUUGAUUGAGAUAUGUUACGUAAAACAUCAGAGAAUUCUGAGAAUUGGCACGUAACCUUCAAAAGACAUUGGCGUGAGUUUUCCGAGCAAUGCAAUUAACAUUUAAAAAUAUCACUGAAGUGUAUACCUGGUAGUGCCAUUUCUUCUUAAUAGAAUAUCCAUAUAAGGUAUGCUGGAUAAGUGUAAAAUACGCAACAACAGAUACAUUCUUGCAUUGAUAAAUCCUAUUAUUAGGAAUAACUGGUAUGUCUGAGAUAAAAAUUGAAGUAGAUUAUUGUAAGUGCUAUAACAUGCUUGCAUGGAAAAAAAACCUGAAGUCAGGAGGAGGCAUUUGUAGAAAAGAAGCGUCUUAUUCUUGUGGCAAGUGUAAGAAACCUUUCUCACCAUAUGAUAAUUUAAUUUUUUGCAGCCUGAUUAAUAGGACGACUGUUACUGAUCACGCAGAGAAGAAUUCUCUUACUUCUCGCUCUUGUGACUUCAAUUUCAGUUCUCAAUUUACUAAAGACACUUUAAUCAGCAAAACCGAUUCUGAGAAUACUAAAAACAGUUUAAUUCACAAGGCAUGUUCUGAGGAUUCUGAAAAAAGUUCAGCCUACAAAACAGAUUCUGAGAAUUCUAAAGAAAAUUUAAUUCACAAGGCAUGUUCUGAGGAUUCUGAAAAAAGUUUAGCCUAUAAGACGAAUUCUGAGAAUUCUAAAGACAGUUUAGCUCACAAAACAUGUUCUGGGAAUACUAAAGAAAGUUUUGUACACAAAACUUAUUCUGAGGAUACUAAAGAUGGUUUAGUCCACAAACCGUGUUCUAAAGAUACUGAUAACUCUUUAGUCCAUAAGGAAUAUUCUAAGGAAAAGUUGUUUGCUUGUUCUAUUUGUAAUAAAAGAUUUUUAAAUGAAAGUCAUUUAACUACUCACACUUGUACUGAAACAAUAAGUUAUUCUUACAGUGACUUAUUUAAAGAAGAAAAGCCUUAUUCUUGUAGCCUAUGUGAAGAGAGAUUUUUACUGAAAAGUUAUUUGACUAGUCACAUCCAUGCUCGUCAUGGAGAGAAACCUUAUGUUUGCGACGUAUGCGGGAAGAAAUAUGCAGAGAAAAAACGUUUGACAACUCACUCUCUUGUUCAUACUGGUGAUAAACCUUAUUCUUGUGAGGUAUGUGGCAAGAGAUAUGCUUAUAAAAAUCAAUUGACAGUUCACAAUCGCUUUCAUACUGGUGAGAAACCCUAUGCUUGCAACUUAUGCGACACCAGGUUUACAUCAAGAAACGGUUUAGCUUAUCACCUUUUGGUCCAUUCUGGUGAGAAACCUUAUGUUUGCAAUACCUGCAAUGCAAGGUUUCCUUUGAAGGUUAGUUUAAAUUAUCAUGUUCGGAUACAUUCCGGUGAGAAACCUUAUGUUUGCAAUGUGUGUCAUAAGAAUUUUGUACGGAAAUAUGCAUUAACUAAACAUAGUUUAAUUCAUAGUGGUGAAAAACCUUAUCCUUGCAAUGCGUGUGAUAAGAGCUUCAGACAAAAAAUUGAAUUAGUACACCAUAGUCGGAUUCAUACUGGUGAAAAGCCUUAUGUUUGCAACGUAUGUGAUAUGAGGUAUACAAAUAAACAUCAAUUAACUGUGCAUAAUCGUAUUCAUACUGGGGAGAAACCGUAUUCUUGUGAUGUUUGUAAUGCAAAAUUUUCAUUUAAAAAUAGUUUGACUCUUCACAUGCUAACUCAUACUGGCGAGAAACCUUAUGCUUGUAAUAUGUGUGAAAAGAGUUUUACCCUGAAAAGUGCAUUGAAUAACCACAGUCUGUUUCAUACUAGUGAGAAACCUUAUGCUUGUAACGUAUGUGAUAAGGUGUUUGCACAAAAAAGUUCAUUAACUUAUCAUACUCGGAUUCACACAGGCGAAAAACUUUACGCGUGUGAGAUAUGUGAUAAGAGUUUUACAAUGAAAAGUCGAUUAGCUUCACACUGUCGAAUGCAUACUGGUGAAAAACCUUACGCCUGUGAGAAGUGUGAUAAGAGAUUUGCUCGCAAAAGUUCAUUAACUGAUCAUGCUUUUUUUCAUAUGGGUCAAUGAAUGCCUUUCUCUCGUGUAAUGCAUAGUUUAAUUUCAAUAGUGGCUUAAUCAUUUUCAAAGUGGUAAAAAUUCUUGUUUUUACAACUUGGUAUGAGUUUUUCUCACAAAUAUAACUAUCUUGUUCAUACUACGUGUAUUGAAUUAUGUCACACUUAUAUUUUUUAAAUUAAUUUAUACAGCAGAGAUCAAUGUAGAUACAAAUCAGGUAAUUUUACAGCAUCAUUCAAAGAAAUCUAAAAAAAAAAAUAUCCUUCCUCAAAUGUCUGACUUCUUCAGAUACCAGACUUGCAUAAUGGCAGAUAUUGUGAUCACUUUGAAUCGAGGUGUGGGAUUGGUUUAGGUUUGGAGAGUCUUGUUAUCAUUUUAAUUCACCCCUAUCAGAAAUGCUCUUUUAUUCACAGCAACAGACAACCUCAGAUUUUCAGUCCCUAGGAGUUCUCGUAGUAGCCGAAGAGUACUUAAGACUUUCAAAAACUUUUAAAUUCAUAAAAUGCAUAAUUUCAUUUGUUUAUGUCUUUCCAAAAAGAUAAUUUUCUUACUCAUUAAAAUGUGUAAAAAUUAUAUUUCAUUUUGUAAAAUAAGAAAUAUAUUUUAAAUUUCUGUAAAUGAGUGUUAAUUUGUACAAAGUAAACAUCAUUUCAAAUGGAAUAUCAAUUUAAAUUUUAUUCUGAAAAUAUUAGACAAGAUUUAGUUCUGUUAGCUUGUAUGGUCUAAACUGUUAUGUUUCUAUUUUAUAACUGUUUAUUUAUUUAAUGUGUCUGAAUUUAAUUUCAUACAUUUUUACAUAAAUGUAUUUAUUCAUAAAAUUGUAUAUUUUGUAGAAAUAAAGUAUCAAUUUAAUAAUUAUUAUAAAA